UUGCUGCUGAAGAUUUUUGUGCAAAAUGGCGUAUGGGGAAGUGUGGAAUAGCUGUGUAGUUACAGAAAGGUUUGAUAAACGGUUUGUUGAUUCAGAAAGACACCGAGUAAACGAAGAAGAGAGUGCUGAUGACUUUAACGAACAAUAUUCUGGAGAUUUUGAUAGUCGAAGAGGAGAGAGAAUGGACGAUAGACAACUAACUCGAAGAGAUCGCUACUCGCCCGCUUCAAGAGAUUAUGGAGCUGACAGCGACGGACACAGAAAAGGAUCUGGCGACGAUAAUAGCCGCAGGAGUUCUUCAUACAGAAAUAGAGACAGUGACAGCAAUCGAGAAAGACAUUCUGAGCGUUCGCAUAGACGAAGUCGUGAUGAUUCGGGAGACCGCAGGCGUAGUUCAGAGCGGUCGCGGUCGAGGGAUCGUGAUCGGUCACGGCGACGGGACAAGCGGUCGAGAAGUCGUGACCGUGAUCGCAGAAGCAGUCGAAGGAGCGACGAUGACAGUUUCAGUUCAAGAAGCAGACAUGAUGACGAAAGGCGCCGAAAUAAUAGCAGCAGAAGGGAUGAUGGUAAACGAAGAGACAGCAGAGAUGAUUGGGACAGUGACAGAGAUCGUCGAAGCAGGGACCAUAGUAAGAGAAAGGCUUCUAGAGUGCCUCCCCCUCUGCCAAGGGCAGUGCCGUGGGUUCCACCUCCCAUCCCACAACAGCCGAUCAUCCAGAAUCAGUUCCGUAAUGAUGGAAGUUUUAUGGAGUUAUUUCGGCAGCAGAUGAAUGCGGCUACGACUGAUUCCACGGCAGGACCACAGUCCACUGCUGCCACAUCCCCUGGUGCCUCACUAGCAGUGAACUCUCCAGCUGAAGCAGUGGCGGAUGGUGCUAGUGGGACCACACCAGUUCUGCCAGUUAUUGCAAAACGCCGUGCUGCCAAAAUUCUCAAGACUGGUAUCGUGCAUAAGCCAAAGAAGGAAGAAGAAGUGGAGGAGAAGGACAGCUCUAAUGAUGCUUGGUCACGCUACAUGCAGGAAGUGAACCGUUAUCGCUCCAACAUUUGCAUUGAAGAGGACUCCAAGACACGGCCCCUCAUGAAGUGAGAUGAGAAGGCACAGCAGGAUGUUCUAGCUUUCUUCUUUCUUCUCCCAACAGUGAAUUGUGCUGCACAAGUGAUCCUUUCUUCUUCUGGGUUGGGCUUAGGGAGAUGGAAAGAGAUGUUUUGGUCUUAGGGUGAUCCUAACUAUUGUUUCAUCAUGAAAGUUGUUUUCACAGACUCAUUUUCAAAAAGGCAGAAAUAAGAAAUAACAUUUUUGGUAGUUGAUAUUUCAGUAUCCCCAUAAUGAUCACCAGUGUUGUACACAGUUCAGAAGUCUGAUUUUUUUGUGAAGAGGGUAUUGACAUGGGUUAUUUUCCUUGCAUACCACGUGAAGGGGGUGUUGACUUGGGUUAUUCAAAGUAUGAAGGAUAUUUUGUCAUCAUUCUCUAAUGGUUGGUUAUUUUUUUAAAAUAUGAACUUGCAGUUCAAGUAAAUUGAGUGCAAAAAGAAGAAGAAAAAAAAGUUAUCUGUGCAAAGUAUAUGCAUGAUGCAUGUAUGGGCUAGACAUAUUUUAGUUACUCUAAAUCCAUGGGCAAGAGACAAGUGCUGAUAUGUUUAGAAUGAGCAAGAUCAUAUGGAAGUAAGAUCAUAUAACGGCAGCUUACAGUUUACCACUGUUAUACUGACUGCAGUGCUGACAUUUGAUUUUUGAAAGUAGUACUGAUUUACAAGAUGUAAAACACCAUUUUGGCUUCAUUAUUAACUAAUGAGCUAGGGUUAUAAAUUAGUGAGCUUGGAAACAAAGUAAUCUGAGGGGAGGUGGUGUAGAGUGGAAAGACUAGAAAGUGAAUGAGCUGGUUGUGAUUAUGUCAUUCUGGAGAGCCACAUUACAAGGUAACAAGGCAAGGAUAAUAAAGAGCUGUGUAUAACUUAUUGACAUUAGGAAAAGGUAAGUAUGCAGCUUGUGGUAAGUUUAUGAGGGUUUCUGGGUACACUUCUUGUUCCUAAGCAUGCAAGAUAACACAGAAUUGUUUUUGCAAGAGGUAAUCCAUUUAUUGAAACAACAUGAGGUUUGAUGGGGAUUUACAAGUUUUGGGGUUCAGUAAGAAAGUUAAAAAGAAAGUGACUUGUUUCUUUUCUCACAGUCUCUCUUUGUCUGUCCUCUCUGUCUUGUCAGAGUUGUCAGACUGUGUUGUGUGUAUAUGUAUGUCUAUGCAUGCCUUUGUGUGUGUGUGGUGGGGUGAUGGUGGUGUUCAGUUACUGACACUUCAAUUGGCAAGAGCUAUUCACCAGUAUAGGGACAAUUUCUUGUUGUUUCAGUAGUUUUCAUAACAUUGCUGUGGAUUUUUGCAGCUAACGCUGCCAUUGGUAAUGAUUUGUAUGCUUAGUCAGUGGUGACAGUUUUGCAUUAUGUGUUUUAAGAAAGAAAGAUGAAAUAGUCAUGAGUUAUCCAACACUGUUAAAGAAUGGCAUGCAUAACAGUAAAUAGUUUAUGUCCUUUAAAUAAUCUCCAAAGAAUCUAUAAUGAAAAUUUGGUUUAUUGAAAUACACCUGAGCGACAGUUCAUACAAAUGGGGGUUCUUAUAGCAUGACAGGCAUGAUGGAGGCUGUUGUCAAGUUUCUUGCAAACAUAAUUUAUUUUUGGUAGAUGUGUUCUUUACUAAAAGUCAGAGGCCUGCAGAUUUCAUCACUUGUAAUCCUAUAUUUGAAAGGUUUAUUUAUUAUUAUAUUUUUGGUGAUGUAAAUUGUUGUCAGUUGUUUGACACAUAUUUUGAACUGCAGCUAGAACUAGCAGGUUGGGAAUAAAAGUGGUGAUGAGGCUAGUCUGGAUGAAGGGAGGGGGUCAUUAUGAAAAGUAAUUAUGCAAAAUAGAUGCAAAACAGUUAUGGAUCAAAAGUGGACACAAAAUAAAUACAAAAAAGAAAAUUAGGAACAAAAUUACAGAAAGAAAAAGUUAAAGUUAGCCUAACUUUUUUAUUUUGGAAAUUGUUGUUUGCCUUGACUGACCAAGUCACAUUGUACAAGACAUCUUAUUAGCAAGCACAUUUCUUGAAUUUGUUAUUUGAAUUAAAAAGAUAUUGCAUUUC